AUGUUUCUCCUUCGCCCACACAUCGUAGAACACCAUCGCCACAGAUUCCAUCUCCCACGGGAACGUCCAGACGUCGACGCCACCGAAGACGCUAUAGGGAUCCGAAGUGGAUGCGUAGGUUGUCUCGUACCCCAAGCAACUCACCCCAUUGAUACCUCGCAGGCCUACUGCCGUUCUGCAGCAGCUUCGUUCUGCCCACAGACAUCCACUCACACUUUGCGUUAUCACAUUUAUAUUAUAACUGUUUACUUUCAGCAGCCUCCUCCUUUCUCGUGCUCAUGGACGCUCGAAGCUAUGUUCAGGCUAGCCACUUCCAUCUUGUUGCUUCGUCGCCCCUCACCCCGAGGAUGGGUUGCCGCGGUCCACUCUUGA